GUCUGCUAACUGUUCCAUUGCACCGACUGGAGAUAAUCCACAUCUGCACUCUGCACCUAGUCACAUGAACCUGAUGAGGACAUCAGAAGUCCACAGAAAAUAAGGCACUGAUAAAGGAUAUUGCCCAAGAAAACUUUCUAGGAGGAAAGCAGCGACCUCAGAGAUCGCCUUCAGGGGAAGCAAUGAAACAGACAACGCGUAUGUGGUGCACCGUGAUCCUGCUUCUGCCUCUCAUACAGUCCGCACCUCCUGCACAGCAAGAAGCCGUUUAUGAGUAUGAUGCGGACGAUAUGUUUGAGGGAAUGCUGUUUAAGCAGCAUUUUGAACAGUAUGCUCAGGAUGCAGCAGCUAAUGAGAUGAAUGCACUAAUGAUUCCAAAGGGAAGGUUUAAGCGAGAUGAAGACAGCAAAGAUGAUGCAGAGACUACAGAUGCUAAAGAUCUACCUACAUGCCUCGCUUGUGUGUGUCUCAGUGGAUCAGUUUACUGUGAAGAAACAGAUAUAGAUGAGGUGCCUCCUUUGCCUAAAGAGACUGCAUAUCUGUAUGCACGGUUCAACAAAAUUAAGAAAAUCACUGCUAAAGACUUCGCUGACUUCCCUACCUUACGGAGGAUCGAUCUCACAGGAAAUGUUAUAGCCGAGAUUGAAGAAAAAGCAUUUGAGAAGCUCGUCCUUCUUGAGCAGCUUUCCCUCGCUGAGAAUAGACUGACCAAGAUUCCGGCUUUACCAACAAAACUAACUUCAUUCAACGCCAAUCAUAACCUAAUCAAGAGUAAAGCCAUUAAAGCUAAUGCUUUCAAGAAACUGACCAAUUUAUCAUAUCUCUACCUGGCUAACAAUCAACUGGAAAGUGUCCCAGCAAAUCUACCAGAGAGCUUACGUGUCAUUCACCUCCAGUUCAACAAUAUCACUUCCAUCACAGAUGACACUUUCUGCAAAUCCAAUGACACACGCUACCUUCGGCCCAAGCUGGAUGAGAUCAGGAUGGAAGGAAACCCAGUGAUACUGGGCAAAUAUCCAAACAGUUUUACCUGCUUGAGAACUUUACCUCACGGUUCAUAUUUUAAAUAGUGAGGCUUCAUUCAAGACCAUUGCUAACAUUUGCUUUAUUCACAAUGCCCCCUGCUACUUAACACAACAAAAUGCUAACAUUAUCAGGUCACAUAUUUGAAGCUCUUUAGCAGCAAAGGUCUUGAAAAGCCACAAUAAUGUGCUGUCUAUUAAAUAUUAUAAAGGGGUUGCAAACAUGUUAAUAAUGCAACAAUAGUGCAGUAGUGUACGACCAUCUAUAUGCCACUGAAAUCAAUGGGGCUACACAGACCAGGUGACACACACUUGAUCCAAGUAGCUGUUCUUUGCAUUCUGGCAACUGAAUAGGACAGAUCUAAUCUUAUAGGCACAGUAGAAGGCAUUAAGUCAUAUUUUACAGUUUGGCCUUGCUCACAAUAUGUCUCUGUAGUCCAACACCUUAACUAGCAAUACUGUAUACAGUGGUCGUCAUAAUGUAAAUUAUACUAGUUCAUUUUAAAACAGCACCUGAAAAUGCGAUCACUGACCUCAAGAUGUUUCCAUUGGUUAGUGCUGUGAUACUGCCACUGUUCUUUCCACUUUCUAUAGCUGUGCCCUCUCUGGAGUAAAUAUGGAGGGGGCACAAACUGAGUAUCUUACCUCUACAAAAUGUAGGCAUCAAAAAGCAUAUGCAUAGUUGCCAGGAAUAAAGUCUAAUGACACUAGGAGCUUGUGAACGGACAAUACAGGAAUGCCCUACUGCCUGUAAGAACACAGAGGGGCAGAUGUAUUAACCUGGAGAAGGCAUAAGGA